UGAGUUCAAAUCACGAGAGCUCUCUUACACCCAGCAUUUUCGAUAUGGAUUAUUUUUCUUGGAAUGUGCGCUACAAAGUAAUUGCUGCUGGAUUUCUUUUCUAUUCGGCAGUGUUUCUGCUCUGCCAUGUUGUGUCAGCUUGCUUCGGUCAGACAUACCGCUCGUUGUCGGCAAAGAGGAAGGUGUUUUGGGACCUUGCAGCUACUCGUGCAGUAUUUGGGAUCCACAGCGCAAUAGCAGGUCUGUGGGCAUUGCUGGUAGAUCCAGUGAUCUCUGCUGACAAAGUAACAACACAGCAGAACUGGUCUUGGUUUACCCUACUUAUAGCCACAGGGUUUUUUCUCUUUGAAAAUGUGGCUCUUCAUGGAUCCAAUUUGGUGUUCAGAACAUUUAACUUGCCUUUGGUCAUUCAUCAUUUCUUUGCUUUUGCUGGAUUUACUGGGGCAGUGAUUUGGGACACAAUUGGUCAUUAUUUACCUAUAGUGGCACUGUUAUUUGAGAUGAGCACUCCAUUCACUUGCAUUUCAUGGAUAUUUCUGAAGGUUGGCUGGUCAAAAACUGUCUUCUGGAAGGCCAACCAGUGGCUAAUGAUCCACAUGUUCCAUUGUCGCAUGGUGCUCACCUACCACAUGUGGUGGGUAAGCUGGUGUCAUUGGGAUGAAAUUAAAGAAAAAUUUGCCCUGCCUUGGUGCGUCAUCUUCUUCACUGGAUUGGUCCUGCUUACUGUUAUAUUAAACCCAGUGUGGACUCACAAAAAGACCAUGCAGCUUCUGAAUCCAGUGGACUGGAACUGUGGCAACAAGCCAGCGCCUGAAAAUGGUCCAUCGCCAUCUGUGAAACAGGAUGGCCAGUUACCUAAAAAAGUAAGCUAAAUAGCGCAAAAAAAAGUUUAAAAACGUAUAUUUAAAACCAGUUGGAAAAAAAUAAUUUACUUCUUUACUUGGUGGGGACUGUUUUGUGUUCCUAACUGACAUUUCUGCCAUUAUGGCCAAGAUUAAUAGAAACAAACUACAAAAUGAUCAACCCACCUCCAGCAGUCACAUAGCCAAUGAAUAAAAUGACACACAGCAGCAUAAGAGCAAGAGAAGCAGGGGAGCAGUCUAUCAUGAAACUAGCAGACUUCAAACUAUACCGGGUAAGGUAUAUAAAUGAGUGAACUUGACUUUGACCUCAUUAAAGAUGGCUGUGGAAACCAUCUUGAAAUUGUAUUUCAAUACCACGGAUUAUCCAAAGCAUCAUCAAAUUUUAAUAUUAUAUUAUCUAAUUUGAUAUUCAAGAUGAGAUGAUUAUGGGAGUCAUAUGUUGGUUUGUGUUUGGCAGGUGUAUUAAUGGGUUUGAACAAUACUGUAUGUCUAAUUCAAAAUUAUGAUUUUGAAUGUUUAGGUGUUUGUAAGCUUGUAUGUAUACAGCUUCAUAAUGGUCAAAAAGAUCUUAAUACUAAACCAUUACCCCAGAAACCCACCAGCUGCAGGGGCACAUUGGUAUGACUGUACUGCAUUAAGAAAACACCCUUCUUGUUUUGGGUAGAAAUAAUCACAUGAGCAGCAUUAUAUAAUGAAAGUGUUUAUACUUUAUUCAAGGUAUACACAUUCCCAAGUGUAAUUCACAACUGUUUUUCUUACUGGUAUUUACAGUAAUAACUUCCUGUGCAGUAGGUCACAUUACCAGCUAGACCAUCUGGAGUGAAACUGAGCAGUAGGAAGCAGCAGUAACCUUUAUUUCUAUGGUAUUGUCUUUGAAAUAUCUUCAGAUUCCAAACUGAAGUAUACAAUAAAAGCAAAGAACCAGAAGUGGGGGUCAGUGCUGGUUAUGCUUAAAUAGGAGCUUUUUAAAAACCCAAUAGACAUUACAUAUGCAUGGAAAUGUCCCUUUACCAGAGACUGCAUCUUUUUUUAGUUACAACUAAAUGUAACAGGUCUGUAUUGGCAUGAUCCAACUUUAGAUGCCUAAAAUGUGUUGGAGUUUUGUAAAGACUGAGUACAUGCAGGUAUUUUCAAGUGCUGCAAGCACACUAAUUACAGUAACUAUGUUAUGUUCUUAUACAGUAUGUUCUGCUUGGUAUUCCCACCCCAGCCAGUUGUGAACAAUAGGCUUCGAUUAAGGACUAUACCAGAACCCUUUGUGCUGGUUUUGUAUUCCUUCCUACUCAUCACUUGAUGAGAACAGCUUUGGGUUUUCCUAAAAUUAGCCCAACUUAAUUAGUUAAAAAUAUUUUUAUAUAAAUUAUUCAGGGUCAACAUGACAUGCCCCAGGGAUUAAGAUGGGCUGUUUAUAUGUAUUCCUGUGGAAUACUAAGACAAAAUGACAUUCAUUGCUCAGUGACAUAUGAAAUUUGUUUUGAAAAUGAUAUUGCAAGUCUGUUUAUGCAGAUGUACAGCAAGCCCCAAGCAAUAUGUUCCCUAUUUAUUAAAGCUGUUUACUCCAUGGUGCUACAAGCAUCAUAUUUGUGAAAGAAACAGUUAAAGUUUCAGACAAAAUUAGUAUCAACUUUGGUGAAAAGUAACCUUCUAAAUUGUUUCACAAUAAGCAUUCAGGGAUUAACCAUAUUUGUUUUAGACAUGGUGUGUUUUCCUUUCACAAAAAAAUGUGUAAAAUAAAUACUGGAAGCUUGUGUGUGUUACUACCAGAAUCAUUUGGUAAACUAUACUCUCCCUACUUUAAUCAAGAGAUGUCACUUCAGGGAUGGAGAUAGGACUCCCAUGGUAUAGCAGUUUGAGCCAUUCCUGGUUUUACUGUGAGUUGAAUAAGACACACCUAAGCUUGUUACCUAUACACUGUGGUUAAUCAAGCUUGCAGUAAAACCUGGAAUGGGUGAAACUGCUGUGCAACAGGAGUUUUAUUUCCAUCCCUGCACUUGUAUAUUUCUAGUGGUCCUUAUAAUACUGCCUGCAGCCUUUUGGGACACCAUGUUCCACACCUCAGCUUUCCCCAGGUAAACUAUACAUUUGGUGUUUUGUGUGGUGUGCAAACAGCUAACAAACUGCUGUAACUCUGACUUUUGUAACAGGAAGUGUGAAUAACUUUGUACCAGUAAUUUAAAAUGUUUGGGUAUUAAAGGUGAUUAUUGUAUAGUCCAAAUAAAACAAACCUUAAAGAAUAUUGUCAGUAUCAGGCAAACUUUAUACUACUCAUUUAGGCUUCUUAUUUUGUAUUUACUGGGGCUGUGAAAAUCUUUAAUCUCAACAGAGUGCAGAAAUUUAGUUUUGCUUUUUAACCCAUAUCAGAUUUGUAGCAAGAUGUCCGAAACUUUGUGUGUAUGUAUCUUUGUGUCACAAAAUCCAAUACAAAAUACUAUAUAUACUGUAUGUAUUUAUGUGUAUAUAGAUAGAUAGAUAGAUAGAUAUUUAUAACCGGAAAAGGGUGGGUAUUCUGUCAUAGCACAAAGAAAAUGACCAGAAAGACCAAUCUAGAAAUUGAAAGGAUACAACCUGUGGGCAGAGAACAGGAAUAGCUUUUACUACAUUUAAUCUAUAGUGAUUUCAAGCCAUAACAAUGAUAAAACAUUUUAAAAACUGCAAAAUAUACAUAAGGUGAUAUCCCCCAAAAAUCACUAAAGGGUCAGAGUUACAAAACAUGUACUGUGCAAAAAGUAAAAAGUACUAUAUGAAUAAUAACUUUAACUUGGCUACUUUUGUAUAUGAAAUGAUUUGGUUUCAUACUUUCAGUGCAAAUCAGUUAGUCAAGUCUCGGAUACUGUAGGGAUAAUAUAGUACUGUGUCGUUCUAACAGCUUAAAAUGAGUGAGUAAGUUUGAAGUUUCUCGUGAUGCAUUUACCUACAGUAAAUUCAGCCUUCACCAAGCAAUUUGAAAGCCUGUUUAAUAUACGCCUACACGGGAAGUACAUCCAUAACCUUUCCCUGCUCAUUGGGUAAUGUCAGCAGACGAAUGCGUCGAACGAAUGUAACCUACCAAUUGGGUGCAAGUUAGGGAAUAAAAUCAAAGAUAUUCUAUAUACACAAGAUAGUUAACAGCGCCUUUUCUUCCGUCCCUGUCGAACCGGUGCAUCAUGGGAAUCCAAAGCGUUCCGGUAGUGACUUUCCUCUAUCUAUAUAAUGUAAAAUCGGCCUCAUUUCCUAUUGCAAGACUUCUCUUUUUAAAAAGAUUGCAUUUUUAAACAUGAUUCAACUAGAUUUAUUUAGAGACACCCCUCCUUAACACAUACUUGUUAUUUCUACGAUCAAUGUUUUCACCUGGCCUGACAAGAGCUCUUUAUCACCUAUCAUGGAUAUUCAUGAGCAGUCAAGACUGAAGCGUGGUUUGGUUUGGUAGCGGGUAGAUUAGGCCUAUUAUUAUUAUUAUUAUUAUUAUUAUUAUUAUUAUUAUUAUUAUUAUUAUUAUUAUUAUUAUUAUUAUUAUUAAAAUCACUACUACAAAUAGUACUAAAGCCUCUGAGGUGUUCCGAAUUUAAUUGUGGCAAAACAGUAAAAAAAAUAUACUCCCUUUUGAGUUUUCUGUGAGAUGAUCUUGAAGUUUUACAACUCCUGAAUUCAGCUUUUUAUUUAUAUACAGUAGAUGCUGCUUGGUAGCCAUCAAAAAGUUGCCAUUAUCUGAAAGUCGUCAAUAAGUGAAAAACCAUAGGAUAGGAUUGGUUCCUGUAAAAAUGUUAAUAACCAAAAGUCUUUAUCAGAGUUGCUAAUAAUAUAUAUCUGUUUUUAAUGUUUAGCUGUACGAAUUGACACUGUCUGGUGAUUUGAAUUGUGAUUAAUAUACAAAAUAGAGCAAUACAUAAAAUGAAAAUGAACAUGGAUACUAAAGUUGCAAGUAUGCCUUAUAUUAAAUAUAUAAUAUAAGUAUAUACAAAUACAGUGUCCAUUAUUAAAAAUUCAGUGUCUAUUUGUUGUCUGUAUCUAUUAAUUAAUAGGAACUGCUUCAUUUAAAAAUACAUAUUCCUUUAAGAAGCUUGUCAUAUGUUGAAGUCUGUUUCAUAUCCUUUCUCCUUAUAUGUAUUGUUUACGCAUUAUUAAAAGUGUCUAUUAUUAAAAACAGAAUGUAUAUUAUUGAAAAUAGUGUCUGUUAUUAAAAAAUACUGUGUAUACUUAUGUCUUCAUUUAAGAAGAUGUACCCUUAUGGAAAACUCACAUGGGAAAAUUAAAAAAAAUAAAAAAUAAAUCCCAUGGGAUUCCCAUGGUGAAUUGGGACCCAUGAAAAU